UCGUAGCGUUAAUACUUUGAAUAUUUCCCAAUUACUUUUAUGUUGCACGGUUUACCCGCUGAAUUAUAAGUUUACUACUAGCCUUUUUACUUUAGUGCUCAUUGACACAAAAUGGUUUGUUCCGACUACACCAUUAUAGUAUUAUGUGGAUAUAUAUACAACUCUCCAGGCUCGUUUAGAUAAAAAAAAAUAAUAUUACUUAAUACAAUUGAUUUGUUGUGCUCUUUUAUUCCGUUUUUAAUUAAUUUCUUAUAUUACCGAAACUCGGCAAUGAUUUCCUAUGACUGCAUUUCUCACCCCUCUCUCAACAGAGUGGUUUCUUCCAACAUGGACGCCAUUCACUGACGGUACUGCCCGAUCGCGGCCUCUCAGCAUCAUGAGCGAGUUAAAGGACUGCCCCCCACUGAAAUAUUACGAUUUCAAGCCCGUCGAGCAUGUGAAGGUCUGUCCCCGCUACACUGCCGUGCUGGGCCGCUCGGAGGACGAUGGCAUCGGCAUCGAGGAGCUCGACACGCUGCAGCUGGAGCUGGAGACGCUCUUGUCCUCGGCCAGCCGCCGCCUCAGGGCCCUGGAGGAGCAGAGACAGAUUCUUACAGACUGGCAGGAUAAGAAAGGAGACAAGCGCUUUCUGAAGCUGGGUAAAGAUCCAGACCCUGCUGCCACAAAUCGCCACAAGCCAAAGAAGCAGAAGUUAGAUGGAAAAGGCAGUCACGCGCCAGGUCCUGGUCCGGGCCGGCCCAAGUCCAAAAACCUGCAGCCUAAAGUCCAAGAGUAUGAAUUUACAGAUGAUCCGCAAGACAUUCCCCGCACUCCCAAGAACGAUGCACCUAACAGAUUCUGGGCCUCAGUGGAGCCAUACUGCGCUGAUAUCACAAAUGAAGAGAUACGAUUACUAGAAGAGCUUCUGAAACCCCCAGAGGAUGAAGCUGAGUUUUUCAAAAUUCCAGCUCUGGGCAAACACUACUCGCAGCGGUGGGCUCAGGAAGAUCUGCUGGAGGAGCAAAGAGAGGGAGCCCGCGCCAACGACAAGAAAAAAAGCCUGAUGGGAGGGCCGCUGUCUGAACUGGAUGCGAAAGAUGUGGACUCGCUUUUGAAAAAGUCUGAAACCCAACACGAAUCACAAGAGGACAGCUGUCCCUUCGGCCCUCUCACACAGCGGCUGCUCCAGGCCCUUGUUGAGGAGAACAUUAUAUCCCCUAUGGAGGAUUCUCCUAUACCGGACAUUUCAGGGAAGGAUGCUAAUGAUGCUGCUGGUACAUCGCCCCGGAGCCAAGGAAAGGCUUUUAGUGUCCCACAUACACGCUCACUGGAGGCACGAAUCAAAGAGGAGCUGGUAGCUCAAGGGCUGAUGGACUCUGAGGAGCGCCCAGGACCUGGAGACUCUGAGGAUGAGGUCCUGGCAGAGCUGCAGAAGCGGCAAGCGGAGCUAAAAGCCCUGAAUACCCAUAACAGAAAAAGUAAACAGGAGCUGCUGCGCUUGGCGAAAGAGGAGAUGCGUAAGCAGGAACUGAGGCAGAGAGUCAGGGUGGCCGAUAAUGAGGUGAUGGAGGCGUUUCGACGAAUUAUGGCCGCCAGACAGAAGAAACGCACUCCAACCAAGAAGGAGAAGGACCAGGCCUGGAAAGCUCUGAAGGAGAGGGAAAGCAUCCUCAAGUUACUGGACGGAUAGAGGGAGCAUCAGUUUGUGUCUGGUUUUUACCCCCAAAAAUGUUGGAGGAAAGGUCUCUUCCCACAGAUCGACACCGAUUAGAAGAUCUCUUUAUGGUCAGUGAACUGUUGUCUGUGAUGGUGUGUAUUCUGCAGGUGAUGUAAGCAGGGCUGUGUGUAGUAUUGUGGUGUGCAGCAUGAAGUUCAAAUGAUCAGUAAUAAUAAGCAUCACUCUACUUUUUUCCUCUGUUUUUAUUUUGUUAGUUGUUUUUUUAUUUCAUCUUGUUUACAAUUGUGGUGUUACAAAAACAAUACACAUAAAUGUUGGAAUAAAUAAGUACAGAGAAAAGACACGUUUUCUUUGUAUGAAAGAAACCGA